AUGCGUAUUGAAACAUGCUCAGUAUCGGGUGCUCCAAUGUACCCAGGACAUGGUAUCACCUUUGUUAGAAAUGAUGGCAAAGUAUUUAGAUUUUCUUCCAAGAAGGCUCGUAGACUCUUUGAACGACGAGUGAAUCCAAACCGACUGCGAUGGACCAAAGCCUACCGUAGAAAGAACGGAAAGGAAUUAUCAGUGGAUAGUACCUUUGAAUUUGAAAAGAAGAGAAAUGUUCCACUCAAAUACGACAGAGAAUUGUAUGCCAAGACGAUCCAUGCCAUCAAGAGAGUCUCCGAAGUGCAAGAACAACGACAACGUGCCUACUACUUUAAGAGAAUGGUUCCUUCUCUCAAGGUCAGAAAGAUGCAAGUGGCUAGAGAGUUGAAGACUAAUAUUGAUUUAAUUUAUGCUCCUGUUUCUGCUAAACGAUUUGCAGAGAUGCAAGAACUCAAGGCUAACCAAGAUGUCAUGAUGGAGAAUGAAAUGAAAUUACAAAACACAUCCUCCUCGAAAUCCAAGAAGAAGAAACAUCAACAAGAUGACGAUGUUGAAAUUGAGGACAAUGAAUAA